AUGGAACGUGAAGGAAUACCGAUUUACAAGAUGUUAGCUUCUUACAUAUAUGCAUAUAACGUAAGUAGAAUGGAAAAGUUUUUGAACAAGUUGGAGGAGAAAAGACCAAAGGGGUUUGGUUUAGCCAUGUUGCGUAAGUCAGAGCCAUUAUUGGUUAAUGAUGAGUAUUACGACAUCCUCGGACCAGAAGUCUAUUGGUAUCUCAUGUUAAUUUAUAGGCGUAUAGGAGAAAAGGAAGACCUUCGCCGUUUGUGGAACUUAGCUAAGGAUAGGAAAGUGCUUGAUACAAUCGGUCAAUAUAGUCGCAGGAUUGAGGUCUUUUGGUUUAACGAUGAUAUCGAAGGGGUUCACGAGGUUCUUGAAGAGUGGUAUUCCGGGGAGCAUCAUCGUAUUUUGGAAAUCAAGACAAAAGAUAUUCUGGAAUUUGAUCACUACAGAAAACUCGCGAUACAAGACACCAAGUCAAAAGUGAACGACAUGCUUGAAGAUCAUAAGGAAGAGGAGGAGAGGAAGAAAACGGGGAUGGAAGUGAGGCAAAACGGAUGGGAUCCAAAUAAGAAUCUUGCUUUGUCUGCAUACGCAUGUGUUCAAUAUGUGGAGGGUCGGACAGACAUUGAGAGUGCAGUUGAUGUUUUAAGAUUAUUGGGGAAGCGUGAGCCGCAAGAUGCUAUCAAGCCUAUCAUGGAUAAAGAUCAGUUGGGUAGGAAAAUGGUGGAGGCGAUGAGAGGAGGAGGAUAUGUUGGUGAAGUUUGA